CACACACACACACACACACACUGGACCCUUCACUGUGACGUCACCCAGUACGUACUUUACACACUAUGCACUGAGUCACUUCCACUCACUUCACCUCAGCACAGCGAAACAACAUCUGCAAGCAGGAGCAGCAGCCGCCGCCCAGUUCUGAGUCUGCAGGACCGCAAGCCUUAAUCAAAACAGUAACCUUGUGGUCUGAUAAACAACAGAGCGAGCAGCAGAAAGCUUCAUUGUCCCAGAGGGACUGUCUGUCAUCCAGACAAGACAGAGGGGGGAGAGGAGGGUGACAAAAAGAACUGUCUAUUCCUGCUAUCUUACAUGAGCAGGGCAGUCACUUGGAGAGAUAUACAACUAAAACACAUGCUAACGCUUUGUGUUAUCAUUAUACUGACCUUAAUGACGUGAAAUAACUGUAUUUAGUAAAAAUACAUAUAAACCUAUGUAGGUGUGUGUGUGUGUGUGUGUGUGUGUGUGUGUGCAUGCAGUUCACAGUUUUAUACAACUAGAAUUGUAUGCUCUUUAUGUACAACUACAGUUACUUUGUUUCUGAUGUAGAAACAUACAAUACGGUAUAUGAGGAGCUAUUGACAAGAGUUCAACAUGACCAAAAUAUCAAAUUUAACUGAGAUCAGUGUCUGUAUCCUGAUAUAUUAGAGACACUUCACAAGAUGCAAUUGUACAAAACGCAACAAAUUCACUGCAUAGCAAAGUGCUGAGCACCACAGAAAGACCACAACCCUCAGAGGGUCCUGACAGAAACUCCACUGAAGACCUCCAACUUCAAUAAUGUCAAGUAAGGUUAAAAAAGGCAUCUGUCUUAACAUUUACCACUAAUUUUAUAUAAAUAUGAAACUACCGAAUGGCUUUGAAAUUUGAAAGAUAAUGAAUAUGUCAUUGUAUUCCUUUUAAACCCACUUACCACAAUACAAGCAUCCACACACUUUGCACCAACAAACUGUCACUUCACCUGCAUUCAACGACAGUGAUCAUCUCAGUGAAAAACUGAGGUUACACCACUUUUUUCUGCAGCUGUGAUCAAACACACCACAUUAAACUUGACAAGCUACUGCGCUCCAGCAUCAAGAGUAGCUACUGCUGUGAUGCUGUCGGCCUAAUCUCACCAAAGCACAGGGAUAAAUCUGAGCUAUCCAUGCUUUACUAAGAACAGCAGAACCCCCUCUGGAUUCAGGUAGAACUGACACCUCCACAGGCAGAAAUUUGGAAGUAAUGCGAGGUCACAGCCAGACCAAAAAUACACAACAGCAUAACUUGCUGCAGGAAUAAAAAGUAGGCCCAUUACUGUGGAUUAAUGUUAAAAUUAAGCACUGGGGCACAAUCUCCCCAAAGGUCACCCUACCCGAUGCAGUGAUCUGAUAUUUAAAGUUAUUCGUUAAAAGACCCCUAAACUGACACUGCAACAACAUGCCAGAGCCCGUUUACUAGGCCGCUAUUCUGCUUCUUCAUAUAUUCAUCACUUCAAAUACUAAAAAACAAACAAUUACAAUCCAGGUCUUAUCUAGGCACUUCUUCAUGCAAGCAUCAUGUAACACAUGUAGGUGAAAAAGACAUGAAACAGCGCUUCCCUCCGCCAGAUCACUGCAGUACCCUGCACCCAAAUGCAGGCCGGCGUUCCUGCAAAAAAAGGAAAAAACACCGUGCACCUCGACUCCCUGCUUUAACAUGGGGGAUGACAAAUGAAAGCGACAGCCUAUGAAGAAACAGGUCAUCCUGUCAUCCUUCUAUCGGCCUUACCUUCAGUUUUACUGUCAGUUUUCUUGGAUUGGUUUUGUCCUCUCCUUACACCAAGACGUCGUUCGGCUGAAUCGAUGAGCAGAGCGGUUUAUCAAUGGAGGAGACUGAGGCUCCGCUUUUAUUCCAGGAGGGUCUUCCCACAAAUAGUCCUUAUUACAGAGGGAAGCUGUUCGUCUGGGAAAUCAGAGAAGCAGUCCGGAGAGUCUUUGCAUUAGGAUAUACAGAUAUACAGGGCCUCUGCGCAUAAGAAGAGCGCCGUGUCUGCAGCAGCAGCGGUGACCGCCGGCCAGGAGCUGCUGUCGGUGCUGAGGUUGGUGCGAGCCGGUGGAGGGUGAUGAUGAUAUCCAUAGAGGUCCCCGUUUCCACCUGACACAACCUCUCCUUCCUCCCCCUCCUCCACCUCUUCCUCUCCGCUGGUGAUGCUGGGGAGAAAUAUCAGCAUUGGUGCGGCGAGUGGAGAGAGAGAGAGAGAGAGAGCGAGAGAGAGUGGGGAGAGAAGGGGGAGGGAGAAAGGAGAGAGAGGAGGGAGGAGGGAGAGAAAGAAAGGAGUGAGAGUAAAGGGAGAGAGAGGGACAGAGUUCGAGAGGGGGGAGUGGAGGGGGAGGGAGAGAGGACAGGGAGAAAGGAGAGAGAGAGAGGGGUGAGUGGGGUGCAGAGUUAGAGAGAGAGGGGAGGAAUAAGAGGGAGCGAGACAGGGGUGGAGGUGAGAGAAAGGAGGGGAAAAGAGAGGGAGAGCCAACGGUUAGCUAAUGUGAAGUUGUAUAAGUUCGAAAACACUGAGUUUAGCAUUAUGUGAAAGAGCAAAGGUGAUUCAAAGGUAACAUAAGCGUAAAUAAGACGUAUUUUUACAUUUAACAUUUAACAGUCGCGCCAAUAUCGAGUUCGUUUGCUAGCUUGUUUCAGUCCACCUGUAGUUACACUGGGCAACCAUUAGCUAACGUUAUCGCUAAACGGCUAGACUUAGUUCGCCUAAACCUUCAACUUUGUCAUAAUACUGAUGUGAAGGUGAAACAUCGUGUGACUAUAAAGUUAUUUAGCCAACUAACCGCAUUUAUUGCCAUUUAUUCUUCAAAUUUUCGUCGAAGUUGGGAGUUUCAGCCCAGCGUCGAGCCCGAGUUUGAAACGAGCCGUUAAAGAAAUGGGCGGGGCUUAGAAUUUUGAGCCAAUCAAAAACUAGUAAUCUUCUUUUUAAAAAUGUUAGUAUUUUCAUGGUGUUUUUAAAACCGACCUAUCACUCCGCAUUACAUCCCUUAAAUAACUUACAUUAUGAUUAAUCUGAAAGCAGUUUUCUGUUUGUAGAUGUAGUUUCUAGUUUUCUUGAGUUAGGAGAUUAAGACAUCCUGUUUUACCUCAGUCAUUGUUCUGUUUUAAACUAACUUUAAGAUAGAGUUUUUCAUCAGCAAAAAUGUCAACUAACAUUGAAGUCCUGCAAAACAUUCAGCCCAGUCCAAAUACAGGGUAAAAGAAAAAUUAACCUUUGACUUUUAUCCCCUUAUGUUGGACUCUAAGUAGGCAAAUGAUCACAAUAUAGUGAAUAUAAUAUUUGCAUUACACUUUUAUAGGCAGAAAGAAGUCCAAAACAACUUCAAGUUGAUCCAAAGCAUUGGUUCUGUGUCCAACAGAGCAGAAAAUGAGAUAUGAAAUAUGGAAUAAUAAUCUCUUUUGAAAGUAUUUGACCUUUGUAUUAUUUUAAAACCGUAUAUCUCAUUGUUUAACCCCACUGUAAGGAUAUCUGAAUCCACUGCUGUGGAUAUAUUGAAAAUAUGCUUUAUAAAUAAAACUGCCUCGCCGUACUGAAUGUUACCACUGAAAAAGAAGGAAGAGCUAAGUGCACUUGAAACCUCUCAAAGUGAGUGUGUGUUGGAGGCCCUGAGGAGAUGUAUUUAAAGAAGGAACAUAAAAGCAGGUCAGGCUCUUCUGUGGCUCUGCCAUAUCACAAACCUGUGCAAAUCAAUGAACUAUUUUGACCCUCCCUUCAUUACUCAGGAGACUUUUUCUGUUGCCCCAUUCUGGAAACAUAUAUUUUUACACGAAAACCCUUCGGCCGUAUAAAAUAUACUAACAUAUGAAUACCCCCGGAAUAAAACCUAACUUUUCAGACUGUUCUUUAGGGCAGAGUGUGGGUAUCCUGACCCCACUAGGCCCUCAGUGAUUGCUGCAAGGACAGCACAGUCAUAUGCAUAUGUAGACAGGUUCAGACUGUGGUGUGGAUGUGAGAAAUAACUACAUGAUGGUAGACCAAUUUACAUAUCCUCAGAUGACUUACAACUGUCUUUAAAACUUUGCAUGUAUGUUACCUUCAAUCAAUCAAUCAAACUUUAUUUUUAAAGCACUUUUCAUACGUAGGAUGUAGCACAAAGUGCUGUCAAUUCAAGCAGGAUAUUAAAAACAAUUAAUAAAAUAAAUGAAAAUACAAAUACCAAACAUCACCCACCCUCCCAACUCCCAUUCAACACAUUCAGCACUCACACGCUCACACACACAGACGCACACACAAAAGACACACAGGUGAGGACUCUUCAACUUGCCACGGAUGACUGAGGAAACGCUGUCUCGAGUUAAAAAAGGAGGAAACGUUGGACCUAAGACUAAAAUGCUUAAACCAUGAUAAAAUAUAAUAAAGGUGAUAAAGCAUUAAAAGUUAAUGAAAUAAAACAGCCUUAAAAUCAAACAAUAACAGAGGGUAAAUUAAAAAAGAGGUAAUAAAACACAAAGUAGUUAAUCUAGGACUAAAAGAGGGUAAAAUCACAUGAUGCAGAUUAAAAGAUUAAAACAAAUUUUAACUAAAAGCAAGACUAAAAAGGUCUGUCUUUAGUUUACUUUUAAAAAUAUGAACAGUAGGUGUCGCUCUCAGGUCUGCAGGUAGGCUGUUCCACAGAUGGGGACCGUGACAUCUAUGGACUGUAUUACAUUCCUUAGAGAAAAGAUGAAAUCCACACUUUUUUUCUGAACUAAGGAGAAAAUUAUCUUGUUAAAUACACAUGAAUGUGAAGAAGUGACUGUUAUUUAGGGAGAGAGAAGGUGAGGGGUAAGUUGAUCAUAGGAGACCACUUUUUUUUCCUGCUAUAUUCUGAAGAUGACAGUUCUGUUUACACUCAUUCUGUUGGUUUGCAGGGAUGAACAACAUCCUGAAAUAUCUGCAGAUACACGAGUUAGAGACUAAACUAGGACUGACUUGAUGGACUGAUCCAAGUAUGAAACAUGGAUCAUCUUAACAGCCUCUCCCCUAGUCUUAUCUGACUGCAGCUGAAAUAGUAAUGAACUGGCCAGUCUGUCUGCAUGUCUGUGUGUCUGUCUGUCUGUUUGUGUGCCUGUCUGUGUGUCUGUCUGUGUGUCUGUCUCUGUGUGUCUGUCCCUUUAACUCUCCAUGUGGGCGGAGUCGGAGCUGCGGAAGCGUCGGUCUCCUGUUCACCUCUAAAUCCACCAAAUGUGAGAAUUAAACGAAAGUUUCCUCUGGAUCGGACUCAGACUCUCCACUCGAGCUGUCACUGUCCCGUGGACGUCGCUUGUUGCAGAUAAUGUCGGACUCUAUUAAAAACGUGGCGAUAUUUGGAGCCACGGGGAUGACCGGGCUGGCAACACUCCCCCAGGCUGUGGCUGCAGGUGAGAAGAAUACAGAAAUAUAGGAAUAGAUAGAAAACUAAAGGGUGACUCUGGAUCUAAUUAGACUGGAGAAGACACGCGGUUAACGACGGGAUCUUUAUUUAAUAUUACAUGAGCAGUGUAUUAAUCUGGACCUUCAAUCACCUGGAGUGGAGUGUGUUUCCUUCAGACUAAACUGAUCAUAUCCUUAAAUAAACACCUGACCUCUUUAUUUAAGGACGUGAAAGUUUUUAUUUUGUUCCCAUGGUUUACUUCAAUUAAAAAAUGCUAAAAUAAACUCAACAAUUACUUGGGUACGUUCUCUUUUAAAGACCUUGUCUAAAAUUUCUUGAUUUUAUUCAUUUUGAGAGAAUAUUCAGGGAAUAAUGGGGAAAAUGUCAAUGUGGUGUCACCAUAAAAACUCAGUAACUGGUUUGUGUCAGUUGGUGAAACCAGUAUUUUUCAUUAAAAUUAUAAUAGUUGAGAAAAUGAAUGGGGAAUGGAGUGUACUCCUCUACAGCAAUGCCCUGAUAUAUAUCUGAACAGUUUCUACAUGAUUUGUCAAAUGUUACUUAGAAAAUACCAGCCGUUUUCAGCAUUUUUCCUGCUCUAUGUUGCAAAAAUGCAUCCAAUUAAAAAAAUAAAUAAUCCUAACAAAUGGUAUUUUCAGCUGACAUAUUAUGAUUAAGUAACUUUUUUUAUAAGUACACUUGCAUACACUAUAGGUGGAAAUAAGUAUUAAAUAUUUCACCUUCUGUUGUGGUUACACCACUAGACAUUUUCAAAGGAAACCCAGCUUUCAUUUUGUGAAAAAAGGUUUCAAUGCGAUAUGAAAUUAUAUGAAACCAACAGAGGUACAAAAUAUACAUCUUUGCAAACCUAAUGCAAACUUUUAAAACAAUUUAUUAAAACAGUUUUGAAUUCCUUAUGAUGCAAACCCUUAUUUGUCACUGACCCUUUACUCUAAAGUGUAAAAAGAGGGUUAAAUCUUGGCCCCUGGGAGUUUUCUGCUAUAGUGAACCACAGAGUUAAAUGACAUUAUUUAAUAAUACAAGACUGGGUUUAUUCAAUGUUACUGCUCAGUAACAGAAGACUGAUGAUACUGAACUGAUACACAAUGAAAUCCUCAUGGUAAGUUAUGAACAUCUUCUUCUGUUGAGGAUUUCACACUGGCAGCAGUUUAAUGUUAUAAUUAUAAUAACACAAUCAUAGACUUUGAGGGAUGAUGCUUAUUUGGAGUCCUUCACAUUUUGGUUGGUUGCAUCAAUCAGUGAAUUGACACUUUAAGAGUUUGUAGAAAAAUAAUCAGAUUUAAUCAACUUAAGAAGCCAAACUCUUUAUUUUAUAUUAGCCACAUCUGGAACUAAAACCUUUACUGUUAAGUUGUAUUCGUGGUAAACUGCCAGUUAGCUCAGAUGUCGGUUAGAGGAUUUCCCAGAAGAAGAAAAAAACAGACGUAUUCAAAUAUCUUGCAUAAACACUCUUUGUCAUAUGAUUAAUUUGAUUUUAAAGCACUUUUGUUUCCUUCCUCUACACUGAAGGGAUAAAACUGUUGAGUCACGUGGAAGUUUCAGUUCAGCAACAUUUUGCUGAGUCACAGCUGGGUCUGAACUGAUAGAAGAAGCUGCUGAUUAUCUUGUCUGUACAGGAGGGGUGUGAACUCGAAUUAAGGUUUUACAGAAGAAUCUCCCUGUUAGAUGUUAACAACCAACAUCUGAACAUAUAACUCUUCCUUUCCAUCCACUAAUACUAAUACAAAUGAUAAUAAAUUUGAACUUGAAUGUGUGCGUGAGCCAAAUGUAUGUUUGUUUUUUGUCACGUGUUUUUGUUUUGUUCCUGGAAAAUUUAACAAACUUAUAUUAAAAGAAAGCUCUCCCUUGAGUAAAGACUGAGUCUCUUUAACAAACAGGUAGUUACAUAUACAGUCACUGGUGUCCGGUGCUAUCGGGGUGAUCGUGGUGUGACCUUCUGUUCCUGUCCUUGUUUUCUCCCUCAGGAUAUAAUGUGACGGUGCUGGUGAGGGACCCCGCCAAGCUGCCCGCUGACCACAAGGCGUCCAGAGUGGUGGUGGGAGAUGUCCUCAAUAAGGAGGAUGUGAAGAAGGCAAUGGAGGGCCAGGAUGCUGUUAUCAUCGUUCUGGGCACCAGGAAUGAUCUGAGUAAGGCUCCAAAACUGGAAAUAGGGCACACACCAAAAAGAGAGCAAACGCAAGUCUUGUAAAAAAAAAAGUUUUUGUUUUAAUCGUCAAAUUAAAAGUUUUACCCGCUGUAGUUUUUAUAUCAGGAGUUGUUAAAGUUUAAUCUUUCUGCUCCAAACACCAACCCUCCUGUGGUCUUUGUGCAUUGGAUUCUUUGAUUGUAUGAUAUUAUAUAAGUGACUGAUGAUUGUAGUUUUUAAUGGUGUAAUAAUAAUGUCAGCCAUUCAUUUAGGAGCAUAAUAAAACUUAAACAACACACUGUAAGAAUAUUAUUAGAGGAGCACAUCUCAGACACACUUCAGUCUGACCCUCUGACUGUAUAUUGAUGUGAUUUUAAUGUACAAUCAACGAUCUUACGCAGUGACAAUACAGAAGUUUGACGAGGUGUCUUAAAACCAGCUGUAAACUCCAGUAUUUAGUAUGAAUCUGUGAUCUGACCUCUGCUCAUCAGGCCCAACCACCAUGAUGUCUGAUGGCACCAAGAACAUCACUGACGCCAUGAAAGCCCGUGGGAUCCGUAAAGUUGUCGGCUGCAUGUCAGGUACAGUUUCCUGUAGUGAAAGAAUCCUAUCAGAGUGAGUGAGGGCGUUAAGUUUUGUUUUGUUUUCGAAGAUGUACCAUAAAGUACUCGUGAUGCUUCGGAAAGACAGGAUUAAGAAAAUUAAGGCCUAGAUACAUUUAUUCACAUGACUCCUUUUAAAUAACCUUUCCUCUCAGAGUAACAAUAAGAGUUAUUUCCAUCUCUCCCCAUCUCUCUGUUCUCCUUUCUUCUUCACCUUUUGCAGCCUUCCUGCUGUGGGAUCGCACCAAAGUCCCGCCUCGUAUGAUUGCUGUGACAGAGGACCAUGACAGGAUGUACACAGUACUGAAAACGUCGGGGCUCGACUAUGUGGCUGUGAUGCCGCCUCACAUUGGGGGUCAGUAAGAUAAACUAACCAGAGGCUUACUUUUAAAUCAAAGUUGGGGAAGCUUCUGGAAGGUAUAGCUGCUGCUAAGUAGCUGUAAGUGCCUUUUCUGAAAAAAGUAUUUGGAUGGCGUUCAAGUUUCACGAUUUUACUUGAGGAUUCUGUGAUAACUGCUCCGUAAGGUUUUGAUAGAAAACUUUAAACAGAAACGGAUUUUGAUUUUUAUUAGAUUGACCACAGAUGAAGAGGAAGAACUGUUGAUUUUUCUCAUGUUUAAUAUAUCAUUUUGUUUCCGUCUCACUCCUUCCAGGUGAUCUUCCUCUGACAGGGAACUACAUGACAGCAGAAAACAUGCUAAGAGGAAGAGCGAUCUCUACACAUGACCUGGGACAUUUCUUUGUUAGGUGUCUGUCCACCACAGAGUGGGACGGUAAGACAGUGGGGCUGUGGGGAGAGUAUAAACAGCCCUGAUCAGGAUCACCCCACAGACAGCAGAAAGCUUCAUGUUUCUUCUCUUUUGCUCAUGGCCAUUUUUUAUUUCCACCAAAAACAGUAUUCUUUUACGCUGCAACUUUAGGAUGUAUGAAGAUUAAACCUUUGUGCAGAUUUGAAAUACUGGUAUGUUUUUGUGAUCAGCCACUAAUGCUUACUUAUGUUUACUUUUAUUUUCAUUGCUAACUUUUGCUUUGAAUUAUCAAAUUUUCGACUUAUUUUUUAUCAUCAGCUACAGGGGAUUAAUUUAAAGAUCUGGUUCAAAAUUAUGCUCAUGUUUUCUCUGUAGCUGCUCAGUUUACAGACUAAAUAUCGUCGAUCACAAAUGACGCCGCUUUUUGCUGCUCUGUUUAAUAAAUAUUUUUUAAAAGGUUGUGCGGAAAUCACUCCUUUCAUGCCAACUAAUCCCUCUGCAAAGUUAUUAAAUAAAUUUCUAAAUAACAUAUUUUUGUUGUUAUUUUUAUUGAGAAAGAAGUUUAACACUGAUCACUCAUCCAGAGAUGUGAUGGACGGUCACUGAUGCUGAAAUCUAUAAGUUACACUGAUUGGACCAAAUUUUUGAUGUCCAGUUUUUGAAUAAAUUCAGGUAAUAAUGAGGUUAAAUAAAGGGAAAGCCGUAUUAAUGUCAGAGUAUUGCUUUAUACUGCCUGUCAAAUAACAUUUGGUCCAACAGGACAUCCUGAAUGAGCAGGGCUAUUUUAGGAAUCAGACUUCAGUAUGCAAGACUGUUGUUUUUAAGUUUAACAUGCAGCUCUAUCAAAAGUUUGGAGCACUACAACACUUGGAUUCUCUGUUGUUUUCUGGUAUUUUUCUGUUUUUCUUCAGAGACCGUUUGUCUUUAACUCCUUGUGUCCUGCAGACCAUCUGAUAUGUGUCUGUCAUAUGUGAAGGACAACCUCUAAGUCAGAUGAAUGGCAUGUGCCUCUGUUGUGCAACUCCUGUGGUAAAAAACUCACCAAGUGACAGCAACAUGAAACCGGAAGUCAGGCGUGUUAUUUUCACAAUAAAAGCAGAAUUCCAUGUUUGAGGACUGAUAGAAAGGCCAA